AUACAAUAUCUUUUUUUUAUCAAUAAUUUAAUAAAAUAAAAUAAAAUAUUGUGUUUUACUUAGGAACUGAUAUUUUUGGUUGCUCCUCUGCAAGUCUGCUCCACAAAAUGGCAAGCGUACCAACAGUUAACUCCGGCGCCGGCGAGCUACUCCGGUCUCAGCUCUUCCAAGUCCUCCUCAGCCGCCGUCCACCUCAAGUUCCGCUUUCUGUGGUACCUGGAAAACCGGUUACAGAUCCUUUGUAUCAGCAAACUCCCAAGCCAGUGUUUAGUGAGGCAAUGGCAUCGUGUCCAAAGGCAGAUGUCCCCAAUUUUGAACAAUUACUCCAGGAGGAAAAUUUCUACCUCACUACCGAGGAGGGAGACCAGGGGCAAUUGCCUGUCUUGAUAUUGAGCAUGAAAGAAGUCAAUAAGACCAAAAGGCCAGCUAUUGUCUUUUUGCAUAGCACAAGUAAAUGCAAAGAGUGGCUGAGGCCACUGCUUGAGGCAUAUGCUUCGAGGGGAUAUAUGGCCAUCGCCAUUGAUUCUCGUUAUCAUGGAGAGCGGGCAAGCAGCUUGACAACCUAUCAAGAUGCCCUUGUUUCGUCAUGGAAGAAAGGAGAUACAAUGCCAUUUAUAUACGACACGGUUUGGGAUAUGAUAAAACUGGCGGAUUAUCUUACAGAAAGGGAAGAUAUUGACCCGUCAAGGAUAGGGGUCACCGGGGAAUCACUUGGAGGCAUGCAUGCUUGGUUUGCUGCUUCAGCUGACACUCGUUAUACAGUGGUUGUCCCCAUAAUCGGGGUACAGGGAUUCAGAUGGGCCAUAGAAAAUGACAAAUGGCAAGCUAGAGUGAACAGUAUCAAGGCUGUCUUUGAAGAAGCCCGGGCUGAUUUAGGCAUGGAUGAGAUUGAUAAAUAUGUCGUGGAGAAGGUGUGGGACAGAAUAGCACCAGGUUUAGCCUCAGAUUUUGAUUCACCCUACACAGUGCCAAUUAUUUCACCACGCCCUUUGCUGAUUCUUAAUGGUGAAGAAGAUCCUCGGUGUCCACUCGCUGGCUUGAAAGUUGUAAUGUCUAAAGCAAGCCAAUCUUAUGAAGAUGCACAAUGUCCUGAGCAUUUACAGGUGAUAGCGCAACCUGGAGUUGGGCAUGAAAUGACACCAUUCAUGGUAAAAGAAGCAAGUGAUUGGUUUGACAAGUUCCUCAAGCCCCUUGAGCUAAAACCUUAAGGGCUUAGUUUGGGAGGAAACUCUGCAUUACUUCAAAUUGUCAACAUGUAAAGCAAUGCGAGUACAAACUCGAGGGACAGAGACCCACUCCACCAGAUCAUACAUAGAAGCAGAUGCUCUAGCCAACAAAUGAGCAACUUGAUUUGCUGACCUUUGAAUACACGGCAAUGACAUAAAAUUAAAUUCUGAUAUCAAUUUUAAGGAAUAAAAAAAUUAUACCCUUGAAGUAUGAUAAAUCUUGUUCCCUCUUCUGGAAGACUAUUUGGUUUGGAAAAGAAAGGCAUUCCAAGAGGAGAUCAUCUUUCCAAAGAAUAUUCUUCUGAUCCCACUCGAUCUUCUCCAUAGAUGAAAGCUUUGGAGCAGUAACAAUAAAUAUUGCUAUACGUU